AUGGAUUUAACUUUCCAACUUAUUUCCUUCAAUGAAUUCUUACUUUCCAUUUAUUUGCUAAAUCAUAUCUUUAAAUGUUUUUCUUUCUUAUUCUAUUUACACUAUUAAUUACUAAUCUUCUUCUAAAUAAAUAUUCUUUUAUUAUUCUAUUUUUUCAAUUAAUGUAUCAAUGUCAUAAUCUUUAACCUAUAAAAUCUUUAGAACUCCAUGAACAAAAUAAUAAAGCAAACGAUUAUCAAAUAAAAUAUCGAUUAAUAAACUAAUAUUCAUCAUCUAAUUUAUUUUAGUAUGACAAAUUAAUUCCUUAUUCUCAAAUAUAAAAUUUUUUGGCUUAUUUUGCUAUUAAUGAUUCUAUUUUUAAAACAAACUUAUCCAAAAUUCGUUAAAAUGAUUAUACAUUUAAGUCAUAAAUAAUUAAUAAUCUAUUAAAGAUUGAUCUAUUAAACAAGAGUACAAAAAAUCAAAUAAAUAAUCCUUUUAAAACUCAUAGAGGAUUAAUUCAGUGUUAGGUCUUUCAAAUAUCUCUUUAUUUCUUAUUUCUUCUUGUAUAUACUUUAGCAACUAAUUUGA